UCAGGGACAAUAUUAAAACUCUCCAGUUGAAAUUUAACCUCCCAAAGAACCACACAAGAAAAAAUGGAUCUAAUUCUACUAAUCACCAUAAUCACCAUUAUUUUAUCAAUCCUUUACUAUUAUCUCAUUAGUAAUUAUAAAUACUGGCAAAAUCAAGGUAUUCCCCACGCGCAAAAUAUAAUUCCCGGUUUUGGUAAUAUCCUCCCAGUGCUUUUGCAAAGACAAAGUUUUCCCGCAAUGUGUGAAAAAUGGUACAAAAAAUACAAUCACAGUAUGUUCGGACUGUAUCAAAUGAGAACACCAACAUUACUCAUUCGUGAUCCAGAAUUAGUGAAAACAGUUUUAUUAACAAAUUUCUCAAAUUUCGCCAACAAUCAAUUUGAUGUAACAAAUUCAAAAUUCGAUACAAUAUUUAGAAUUAAUCCCUUCUUCUCCAAUACAGACACAUGGAAAGAGAAUCGUGCACCAUUGACAAAUGGAUUUUCAAGUAAAAAAUUAAAACUAAUGCUUCCGUGUAUUAAUGAUGUUGGUAAAAAUCUCGAGAUUUAUUUGAAGCGAAAAAUUGCAUUGCAUCAUGGAAAUUUUGAGCUUGAGUUAAAAAAAUUUUCCAAUAUGUUCACCGGUGAAAUUUCAGCGGCCGCAAUUGGAUUUCAAGGUCAUAACUUUCAAGAUGAAACUGAAUCAACAAAGGGCCGCUGGGCUUAUAAGAGGUUUAUCGAAAGAUUUUUCUCUGAACCAUUUUUCACCGGUGGAAUUCAACAGGUGAUUUUUCUCUUCUUACCGCGAUUGGCAAAUUUUUUCCAUCUCACAAUGAUACCCGAGUAUGUCUAUAAAUUUUUUCACGACACCUUAAAAAAUAUUCUCACAUAUCGAAAAAAUGAGAAUUUACGAAGUUGUGAUUUUUUGCAAAUAAUGGUGGACUAUUUCAAGGCGAAUGAAAUGAGUGUUAAUGACAAUGAAACAUUAAUAUCGCACGUAGUGACGUUUGCUGUCGAAAUUUACGAAACGUCCGCAAUUACUUUAAGUUUUUUACUAUUUCAAUUGGCGGCUCAUCAGGAGAUUCAAGAAAAGGUGAGAGUGGAAGUGAAAAAAUUCGUCGAAAAAUCAAACGGUAAAUUGGAAUAUGAUGAUUUUAGAGAGAUGACAUAUCUCGAACAGGUGUUAAAUGAAUCGAUGAGAUUGAAUCAUGUGAUUGGGACUAUGAUGAAAGUUUGUACUAAAGAGACGCAAUUAAUUGGAUCGGAUGGUUUAUCGUGUACAAUGAAACCGGGCAAUGUGGCGGUAAUAUCAACCUAUGGAUUGCAAAUGGAUCCAAAUCAUUGGCCUAAUCCGGAGAAAUUUGAUCCUGAUCGAUUUGGUGAUGAGCAAAAGGCAGGACGGCAUAAAUUUACAUUCAUUCCCUUUGGUGAAGGACCAAGAAUUUGCGUUGGCAUGCGAUUUGCAACAAUAAUCAUUAAAAUGGUAGUGGCAAUUAUUCUAAAGGACUAUCAUAUUCAAGUUUCGCCAAAGACUCCUUUACCUCUUAAAAAAAAUGAAGCGAGUUUUAUGACUGCUUUCGAAGAAGGACUACACGUCGUUAUCAAACAACCUCCAUCAAGAAUGGAGCCAUUUUCCCUGCUAAUUCUCGUGGCAUUAAUAUUUUUAGCUCUCUAUUAUUUUUUAACAUGGAACAGAAAUUUUUGGCAAAAACAAGGCGUACCAUACGCAACAGGAACAAUUCCCCUCAUUGGAAAUAUGUCCUCCGUUCUAUUUUUAAAACAAAGUUUCAAUAGUCUUUGCGAAAAAUAUUACAAGGACAAUAAAAAUGUCAGUAUGUUCGGAUUUUAUCAAUUCACAACGCCAACAUUACUUAUUCGUGAUCCUGAAUUAAUGAAAAAUAUUUUACUAACAAAUUUCGCCAAUUUUCCUGACAACCAAUUUCAAGUGACUUGCGAGAAAAAGGACUCGCUCAUCUCAGUGAAUCCCUUUUUCUCCAAAAUGAAUAAACACUGGAGAGACAGUCGAGCGCCACUCUCAAAUGCAUUCUCAAGCAAGAAAUUAAAGGCAUUGUUUGUUCUUGUACAAGAUGUUGCAUCAAGAAUGGAGGACUACAUCACAAUGAAAAUUCAUCAGCAAAAUGGUCAAGCAGAAUUGGAAUUUAAACAACUCUUCAAUCUCUACACUGGUGAAAUAUCGGCAGCUGGCGUUGGAAUUAGGGGCAAUAAUUUUGAGGACGAUUUUAAAACAGAAAAAAAUGAAUGGAGUUACAAGAAUAUGCUUGAGGAAAUAUUUAAUACACCAUUCUUUGCCGGUGGACUGCUGCAAGUAAUAUUUGUCAACAUUCCCCGUUUGGGACAAAUUUUCAAUAUUGCCAUGACUCCCAAGGGUGUUGAUUCCUUCUUUCGUAAUACAGUGAGAAAAAUUCUCACCCAACGAAAAAUUGAGAAGCAAAAUUACAGCGAUUUUUUGCAAAUAAUCAGUGACUACGUGACAGCAAAUCCCUCAUCAAUUGACGAGGAAACAUUAAUAGCCUCCCAUAUGUUAUCAUACACGGCCGAAAUUUACGAAACAUCAGCAAUCACUCUAAGUUUCACAGCAUUUCAAUUGGCAGUUUAUCCCGAAAUACAGGAGAAAGUACGUCAAGAAUUACGAGUGAUACUCAAGAAAUACAAUGGUAAAUUAGAAUACGAGGCAUUACAGGAAAUGAAAUAUUUCGAUCAAGUUCUAAGUGAAUCAAUGCGUCAAAAUCACGUUGUGGGAACAAUGGUGAAAAUUUGUCGCAAAGAAACUGAAUUAAUUGGUGCGGAUGGAAUUUCUUGUCGUCUAAAACCAGGUAAUUUGGCAGUAAUAUCAACCUACGGUCUACAAAUGGAUCCAAAUCAUUGGCCCGAUCCGGAGAAAUUUGAUCCCGAUAGAUUUAGUGAUGAGCAAAAAGUGGGACGUCAUAAAUUUGCCUUUCUUCCCUUUGGCGAAGGACCGAGAAUAUGUGUUGGAAUGAGAAUGGCUAUUAUGAUGAUUAAAAUGGCGAUAGCAACAAUAUUAAAAGAUUUUUCAUUAGAAGUUUCACCAAAGACCCCAUUGCCACUGGUGAGAAAUGAGGCGCGUUUUUUGAGCGCUUAUCAUAAAGGUCUGUGGGUUAUCUUAAAACCCGUAAUUUAUCACGCUUCACUACAAAAACCACUUGCAGUACAUUUUGCAACUUUAGUCUGUAAAUUCAUUUCACCAAAGAUGGAUUUAAUUUACCUUCUCGUUCUAGUAAUUAUUAUAUUGACAUCCCUCUAUGUUUAUUUAACAUGGAAUUACGAUUACUGGCAAACACAAGGCAUACCCUGCGAUGAAAAUAUUAUUCCCGGUUUGGGUAACAUUUCAUCAAUCAUUUUUCUCCGUCAAAAUUUAGCCAAUUUGUGUGAAAAAUAUUACAAGAAACAUAAGCACAGUAUGUAUGGAUUUUAUCAAUUAACAACACCAUCAUUACUCGUACGAGAUCCGGAUUUGGCGAAAAAAAUUCUAUUGACAAAUUUCGCAAAUUUCGCCGACAAUCUAGUUGAAUUGAGUUCACCAAAGAAAGAUGAACUUCUUCAGUACAAUCCAUUCUUUUCGAAACAAAAGACCUGGAAGACCAACCGAGUUGCUAUUUCAAAUGCAUUCUCAAGUAAAAAACUCAAACUAAUGUUCAUCUUUAUUCAAGAUGUGACGGCAAAACUGGAAAAAUAUCUCAAAAAAAUGGUUAAAGACGAAAAGGAAAUUGAAUUAAAACAAUUUUUCAAUCUUUACACCGGUGAACUUGCAACAACAGGAAUUGGUGUUCAAGGUCACAAUUUUCAAGACGAACAAUUUUCAAGUGAUAAAUGGCUCACAAAAAAAUCUCUCGAGGAGAUUUUCGGAUCACCAGCAUUUGCUGGCGGUUCAAUUCAAGUUAUUUUCAAUCACAUACCAAAAUUGGCGAAACUAAUGGACAUUUCGGUAAUAAAACAUAGUGUCAAUAAUUAUUAUCGCGAAGUAGUGAAAAAUAUUCUUGCCUACAGAAAAGAAAAUAAUAUCGUGGGCAACGAUUUUCUACAAAUAAUAACCGAUUACGUAAGAUCUCAUGCGUCACACACAGACGAACAGGCGGCAAUUGCAUCUUAUUGCUUAUCGUUUACAGUUGAAGUUUACGAGACAACAGCAAUGACUUUGAGUUUUACCGUAUUUCAAGUAGCAGCUAACUCUCAAGUUCAAGAAAAGGCGAGAAAUGAAAUUCGAAGUAUUCUCGAGAAACAUGAUGGACAAUUGGACUACGAGAUUCUAAAAGAAUUCACAUAUUUGGAACAAAUAAUUAAUGAAGGUAUGCGAAUGAAUCAUGUACUGGGAAUAUUGAUGAAAAAAUGCACAAAGGAAACGCAAUUGACCGGAUCGGAUGGACUAUCGUGUACAGUAAAACCUGGACAAUCGGUUCUUAUAUCAACUUAUGGUUUACAAAUGGAUCCGGAUUAUUGGCCAGAACCGGAGAAAUUCGAUCCCGAACGAUUUAGGGAUAAUUGGAGUGAAGUAAGAAAUAAAUUUGCUUUCCUUCCAUUUGGCGAAGGGCCGAGAAUUUGUGUUGGUAUGCGUAUGGCAAUGAUAACUAUGAAAUUUGCACUAAUAACUGUUUUAAAUAAUUUCUCAUUGCAACUAUCGCCGAAGGCUUCAUUUCCCUUAGUGAGAAGUGAAUCGAAAUUUUUGAGUGCCUAUGAAAAGGGACUUUGGGUUACCAUGAAACCUCUACCACAAUCAUCAUAAACGGAAGGAGCAAUAAAAUUUUAACGCAUCGAGAUUUAUCUGAUUUUGACGUUUUUGUUUUUGAUGGCAAUUUUUUCCGUCAUUUUUUAUGAGCAUAUUCUGCACGCAAAAAACUAUAGAGUACAAUAUAGUGACAAUAUUUUGUAGCAGACAUCGAAUAGCCCUGGUUUAAUAAUCUAUUUAUUAAACUUUAAAAUAAAAUAUAUUUCCGUGUAACUUUUGCUAAUUACAAUAAGUGAAAUCUAAAUUUACAGAAAGUUCUGCGCAUUUCUACCAACUUUUUCGUAUUUUGUAGAGUAAAUUUCGCUACGUUCGAAAUACAUUUUACUAAACUUUACUCUCUAAAUCCAAUUCAAAUAAAUUCCAUUGAAGAUAA